AUGUUUCGAAGAAAUUACGUUGCCGCCGCUGCUCCUUCAAUUCCGAACAAACCAGCAAUUCCAUAUCCCGUGGAUACCGCUGCUGGUCCAAUGCUUCGUUAUCAAAAGUCGCUUCCAAGGCUUCCCGUUCCUGCACUCUCCGAGACUUUGGAAAAAUAUCUUAAGAGUGUCCGAGCACUUACUAACGAAGAAGAAUACGCAAAAACCAAAGCUAUUGUUACAGAAUUUCAGAACCCUGGUGGAAUUGGUGAAGAAUUACACAAGAGGCUCUUGGAAAAAGCAAAUAAUCCUAAUGUAAUUAAUUGGCUUGAGGAUUGGUGGAACGAGACUGCAUAUUACGGAUAUAGGGAUCCGACCGUGGUUUAUGUGAGCUAUUUUUUUGCUUAUAAAGACGACAAACUUCGUAAAGACCCUGCAGCUCGUGCUGCUGCCAUUGUUACAGCCGCCUUGGAGUUUCGAAGACUCGUCGUUGAACAACAAUUAGAACCAGAAUACGCAAAAAAACUUCCUCUUUGCAUGGCUUCAUAUAAAUGGAUGUUUAAUGCUUGUCGUUAUCCGAAUAAACCUUCUGAUUUUGAAUUGACCUUUGAUCCUGCGACCAAUAAUCAUAUGACUGUCAUCCGAAACAACAAGUUCUUCAUUAUAGAUCUGGUUAAGGAUGGUAUACAACUUUCAACUUCUGAAAUAGAAAGCCAAAUAAGAAAGGUUUAUAAAUUGGCUGGUAAUACAAAGGAUCCUGCAAUCGGAGCUCUUACCACAGAAAACAGAGAUAACUGGACAGAUUAUCGAAAAUUACUCUUGGCUAUAGGCUCAAAUGAACAAUUAUUGAAAAAGAUAGAAAGUUCAGUUUUCGCUCUUUGUUUAGAUGACACUUCCCCAGUUACACGGGAUGAGAUUAGUCACGCUUGCUGGGUCGGAGAUGGUCGUAAUCGCUAUUUUGACAAGUCUUUACAAUUUAUAGUUUUUGAUAAUGGAAAAGCUGGAUUUUGCGGUGAGCAUUCUUCUAUGGACGGGACACCAACGGCCAGAUUAAAUGAUUUUGUUUGUGACUCAAUUGCCAAAAACAAAAUUAAUCAUGGUUCUCCUAACAUUCGAUCUAAUCUACCUGAACCUGAGCGACUUAAUUUUACUUUGAACAAUGAUAUUCUUGAUGCUAUCGCAAAGGCUGAAAGUAACUUCGAUUCCCUUGUUGCAAAGCAUGAUUUACGAGUAUUAGCUUACCAGGGUUAUGGUAAAAACGGUAUCAAGAAAUUGGGAUUUUCGCCAGAUGCAUAUGUACAAAUGAUAAUUCAAUUAGCAUACUACAAGAUGUAUGGAGUUAGUAGAUCAACAUAUGAAAGUGCUCAGACCAGAAAAUUUGCUCAUGGUAGAACUGAAGUUUGUAGAUCUACAUCAGUUGACUCUGUUAAUUGGGUCAAAGCUAUGGAAGAUACAAAAGUUCCAUUAGAAGUCAAGGCGGACUUGGGUCGUAAGGCGAUACAAUCACACGUAAAAUACAUGUCCGAAGCUGUUGAAGGACGCGGUUGUGACAGACAUUUAUUUGGUCUUCGUAUGUCUCUAAAACCGGGAGAGGAAAAACCAGCAAUCUUUACUGAUCCUACAUACAUUAAGUCAACACAUUGGUUUCUGUCAACUUCUCAACUUUCAUCAGAAUAUUUUGACGGAUAUGGAUGGGGUGAAGUAGUUCCUGAUGGUUAUGGCAUUGCAUAUCAGAUUAAUGCCAAUGUGAUUAGCUUUAAUGUUGUUUCAAUGCAUUUGAAUAAUCAACGAAUGUGUCAUUAUCUUAGAGAGGCUGCAGAUGAGAUGAAAGAACUAUUUGAACAUACACAGGCAAAGGAAGGCCGUGUUCCAGCAAAAUUAUAA